CGCCCAUUAGUCCUAAAAGGCCUCUCAGGAGAAAUAUAGAGGCUCAGCCCUGUCUCGGGCUCUGGGAAGCGGCCCCGCCCUUUAGUCCUAAAAGUCCUCCCAGGAGAAAUAUAGAGGCUCAGCCCUGUCUCAGGCUCUUGGUCCCGCCCCCUUCCCUAGCUUGGGAAUCACUGGCCUAAAUGAAACACGAAGGCACCCAGACAACCUAAGCCCUAAAGGCCUCUGCUUGCCACUGGGCUGGGCACCCCUUUGCUGGGAUGGGGAAGUGCUGGGCUUCUCUCCGUUGUGACAGAUCCUCUUGGACAGAGAACCACUCUUUGCCCGUUUCCUCUGUGCGGAGGAUUGAGGCCAUCGCUGGAGAGUUUGCCCAAAGGGCUGCGAAGAAAGAAGCAAAGCAAAAGACUCUUGCCAAGUUGGGAAACUGAGCUGCCAGUCCCAGAGGAGAACGGCCGUGCCUGGAAGAUUCACCCAUUUGCAGCCCUUCCUCCUCCAGUUCUUUGGCGGACUUGGUUCCAAGGAAUGGCUCUCCCAGUCUCCACCGAGGUCCAGACGGGUCCCAAGGGGCCAGAGCUGUCCUUCCCGAGGCAGCGGAAGAGAAGGGUCAGCCGUGCCUGCCUCAGUGGCAAGGGCCAGUUGAAGCUCUCCGUCCACACCGAAGGCAGGGACCUUGUGCUCUAUGUCAUGGAAGCCAGAGGUCUGUUGGGGAAGCAGUGCCAGAGGUGUGACUCCUUUGUCAAGGUGUCCCUUGUGCCAGACGCCGGGCGGCACUGCAGGCAAAAGACCCAGAUUGUCCCGGACAGCAAGAACCCCGUCUUCCACCAGCGCUUCCUCUUCUCUUUGCGAGAGGAGGAUGAGCAGAAGCGCCUCGUGGUUACGGCCUGGAACCGGACGCGGGGCUCCAGGCAGAGCAGACUCAUCGGCUGCAUGAGCUUCGGCGUGAGGAGCCUCCUGAGCCCAGGAAAGGCCCAGGAGAUCAGCGGGUGGUAUUACCUGCUGGGGAAGGACCUGGGCAGAACCAAGCACCUGAAGGUGGACACCAAGCGGCGCCAGAAGCAGUGGCCAAGUCCAGAGGUCUCUGAGCCAAUGAUGUCUGCCCAGCCGGCCGCGUUCCCAGGGAAGCAGCAGAAGGAGAACAUGGAAGAGCUCAAGAUCUCCAUCCCGCGAGGAAGGAAUGGCUUUGGCUUCACCAUCUGCUGCGACUCCCCCGUUCGGGUGCAAGCCGUCGACUCCGGUGGCCCGGCGGAGAAGGCCGGCCUGCAGCAGCUGGACACGGUGCUGCAGCUCAAUGAGCAGCCGGUGGAGCACUGGAAGUGCGUGGAGCUGGCCCACGAGAUCCGGAACUGCCCCGGAGAGAUCCUCCUGCUGGUCUGGCGCCUCGUCCCCCAGGCCCGGCCCGUCCCCGAAGGGGUCAUCCGCCGCUCCUCCUGCAAGUCCACGCUGGACCUGCACUCGCCCCCCAACAAGAGGGAGAAGAACAACGGGGCGCCCUCCCGGCCCCCGCAGCACCACCGCCAGAGCUGCCACGUCAUCUUCGAGGGGAGCAGCGAGGGGCUGGGGCUCAACCCUUGGGAGCGCUACACAGAGCUCGGAAAGGUCCCCCGGCCCCAGCAGAGACCCCAGACUCAGCAGCAGCAGCACCAGCGCACCCUGCCUCUCUCCUCCUCCGACAAGAACUACAUCAUCCUGGCCCCGCUCAACCCCGGAAGCCAGCUCCUGCGGCCGCUCUGUCCAGAGGGCAAGACCCCAACUGGAGGAAGCAGCUCCGUCUUCCACAAUGGCAAGAAGUCCCGGCUCAUGAAGACAGUGCAGACCAUCAAGGGCCACGCUGCCCCCCCGCCCUGCGCCCGGCCCCACGCCCCCCACUCCAGCUACGGCACCUACGUCACCCUGGCCCCCAAGGUGCUCGUCUUCCCCAUCUUCGUGCAGCCACUGGACCUCUGCAAUCCGGCCCGGACCUUGGUGCUCUCCGAAGAACUGCUGCUCCAUGAGGUUCGGAACAAGCCCACCAAGGUGACCCUCUUUGUCUACUCGGACCUGCUGCUCUUCACCCGGGAGGAGGAGCCCGGCAGGUGCCACGUCCUCCGGAACCCCCUCUACCUGCGGGACGUCCGGCUGCAGGAGGAUUCCUCCGAAGACCUGAAGUUCUGCAUCCUCUACCUGGCAGAGAAGCUGGAGUGUGUGCUGAGCCUGGAGGCUCACUCCCAGGAGCAAAAGAAGAGAGUCUGCUGGUGCCUCGCCCAGAACGCCGCCCGGCAGCAGCAGCAGCAGCAGCAGCAACAUCAAGAGCAGCUCUUUGCAACGGCAACGGUGCCCACCGCCCCUCCAGCCGAGACCAAGAUGCUGGAGCCGGAGGCCGAGAAGCAAGAACCUCUGGAGCCUCCUUCUGGGGCCGAUGGAGGGACCGAGCACGUGGUCCACCGUGUGACAGAGGAGGAGGAGAGGAUGCCGGAGACCCAGAGUGUCCCCCAAGGAGAGGCAGAGGGGCAGGCAGAGCCCCCUUGCAAGGGCCACAGCCCCCUCCCCACCCCCUCCUUGCAACUGGAUGAGGAUGAGGAAGAAGAGGAGGAAGAAGAGGAGGAAGAAGAAGCAAACCUGAACCUGGGCGAAGAGGAGCCCUGCAGCCCCUUCUCCCCGCUGAGGCCCUCCCUGCGCCGGCGCACGCACAGCGAGAGCAGCCUCCUCCAGGAGCCCCGGGCCCCCCACGGCUUCCCCUCCGACACCAGCCUCCACUUUGCCGCCUCCGAGGCCCAGGGGGGCCCCGCCAGCUGGACCCUGCCCUCCCCAAAGGCCCUGAGGAGGCAGAUGGACAAGGACGGCGGGGGAUCCAUACACCAGCUGACCCUGCUCUUCGUGGGAAACCGGAAGCCCUCGCAGCAGCAGCUCUGCCUGUUGGAUCCCGACUGUGGCUGCGACUUUGGGGCCCACCAGAAGAGGCGCCAGAGCCUAGCCAAGGAUGUGAAGCACCGCCUGAGCCUCUUCCGCCGCCGGAACGACUCUCCCGGAGGAAAAGUGGCAGAGAAAGGAGCCAAGGCCCUCCGACCAAGUCCGGAAGAAGCCCUGGCCUGGGGGGAGUCCCUGGAGAAACUGCUGCAGCAUCAGUAUGGCCUGGCCGCCUUCCGCGCCUUCCUGCACACCGAGUUCAGCGAGGAGAACCUGGAGUUCUGGCUGGCCUGCGAGGAAUACAAGAAGAUCCGGUCCCAGUCCAAGAUGGCCUCCAGGGCCAGAAAACUCUUUGCCGAAUACAUCGCCAUCCAGUCUUGCAAAGAAGUCAACCUGGACUCUUACACCCGGGAGCACACCAAGGAGAACAUGCGGACCCUCACCCGGGGGGCCUUCGACCUGGCCCAGAGGCGCAUCUUCGGCCUGAUGGAGAGGGACCCCUACCCGCGCUUCCUGCGCUCCGAGCUGUACCUGGACCUCCUCCGGCCAAAGAAGCCCAGCCCUGUGCUGUAGGAUGGGGGCUCUUUGGGGGAGCGUGAGUCCACACUCGUCCUCGUCUUCCUCCCUCCUUGACCGGACCCUACUUGGAUUACAGAGGGAGCCCAUUUCUUCCCUGUAGUAGGGGUCAGAAGUCGGAGGGGAACACUGUCUAGACGCCUCCCGUCCUCUGGUAAGACCGCCGUGGGGUUGGCGAUACUACCACCAGACCCCUGUGAGAUUCAGAGCUAUUCUCCCCAGUCCCAAAAUAAUUCAGCACGGAAGGAAUUGAUGUGGAUUGGGACCAAGAUGGCUUCCGUGGGGGGCGGGUCUGUGUCGUCCUUCCAUUAAAGAGACAGGCAUCUCGCCUUUGCUUUGGCAGACGAAUGGACCGACCCGACCAUUGGCCACGUCUAGGUCCCUCGUCUUAUUUAUUGAAAUCUGGACAUCUCCAAUGUCCCAUAGCAAAGGGUGGUUUUUUUUUAAACUUAAGUGCAAUAUUAUUGUAUACUGUUGUAUGUUCUUCCUUUUGGGAUGAAUGUGGGGACGUUGUGAAGGCAGUGGGCAUCUCCCCUAUCCCUUGGGCCCCUCUUCUUGUCUGGUCAAAGGGCCACAAAUAAUAGGCGGCAGACUUUGUCCAGGUAAGACGCAGCCAUAGGAACCGGGCCCUCUGCGCCUCCGUCCGUGGCACAAGUGGGGUGCAAGUGAGCCUCGGCCCAAGGAGAGCCCCUCGUCCCAACGGCCCAGUUCACCAAAAACACAAACAAACCAAAGACUCAGAUUUGUGUAUUUCCGGGCCAAAGACUUUCAGGAGAAUGUCACAAUGACUAUGUGGGUGGAAUAAACCAUGAAAUGAA